AUGAGAAUUUGUAUUUUUGCACUGUUUUUCAGCACAAUCAGUGGCUUCAACCCGUUUAAUUACUUUGACGAAUAUGAUUUUAACGAAGAUAAUUCUCAAGCCGAUUUCAAAAAAUUACUGAAGAAAGAAAUUGGCGCUAACGCCGACGGUCUGAAGAGCAAGUUUUUCCAUGGCUACAUAAACUCGAUAAAGUCGAAGUAA